AAUAUAUGUGUUGUUUGCUGAGGAUCAAUUCAAUUUGUUCGCAGGUGUCAGCUGUGAUGCAUGUUUAAAAGGAAAUUUUCGAGGUCGCAGAUACAAGUGUUUAAUUUGCUACGAUUACGAUUUGUGUGCAACUUGUUAUGAAAGUGGUGCAACAACAACAAGGCAUACAACUGACCAUCCAAUGCAGUGCAUACUAACAAGAGUAGACUUUGAUUUGUACUACGGUGGAGAAGCUUUCUCUGUAGAGCAGCCACAGUCUUUUACUUGUCCUUAUUGUGGAAAGAUGGGUUAUACGGAAACAUCUCUUCAAGAACACGUUACUUCUGAACAUGCAGAAACGUCAACAGAAGUGAUUUGUCCAAUAUGUGCAGCAUUACCUGGAGGAGAUCCUAAUCAUGUCACAGAUGAUUUUGCAGCUCAUCUUACACUGGAACACAGAGCUCCCAGAGAUUUAGAUGAAUCUAGUGGUGUUCGGCAUGUACGUAGAAUGUUCCACCCAGGUCGGGGUUUGGGAGGCCCCCGUGCACGUAGAUCAAACAUGCACUUUACUAGCAGUUCCACUGGUGGACUUUCAUCUUCUCAGAGUUCAUAUUCUUCAAGCAAUAGAGAAGCCAUGGACCCUAUAGCUGGUAAGAGCUGUAACCACCAAUUUUACCCUAGAGUCCUUCUUAAAUAG